AUGUCAAAAUCAACAACUAAAGUACCAUUAACAGAUAAAGAUCGACGUAAACAAAUAUCUAUUCGUGGUUUACCAUUAAUUGAAAAUGUAGCAUCUGUUAAAAAAACUUUUAAUCGUCAUUUACAUUUUACUGUUGUUAAAGAUCGUAAUGUAGCUACAAAUCGUGAUUAUUAUUUAUCAGCAGCAUAUACUGUACGUGAUCAUCUUGUUGGUCGAUGGAUUCGUACACAACAACAUUAUUAUGAUACUGAUCCAAAACGUGUUUAUUAUUUAUCAUUAGAAUAUUAUAUGGGACGAUCAUUAUCAAAUAUGAUGGUUAAUCUUGGAAUUGAAUCUGAAAUAGAUGAAGCUUUAUAUGAACUUGGUUUAUCAAUUGAAGAAUUAGAAGAUUUUGAAGAUGAUGCUGGAUUAGGUAAUGGUGGUCUUGGUCGACUUGCUGCUUGUUUUCUUGAUUCAAUGGCUACACUUGGAAUAGCUGGUUAUGGUUAUGGAUUACGUUAUGAAUUUGGUAUAUUUCAACAAACAAUUAAAGAUGGUUUUCAAUGUGAAGAACCUGAUGAUUGGUUACGUUAUGGAAAUCCAUGGGAAAUUCCUCGACCAGAAUAUCAAAUUCCAGUUAAUCUAUAUGGUCGUGUUAUUGAACAAAAUGGAAAACCAAAAUGGGUUGAUACAAAAGUUAUUAUGGCUAUGCCUUAUGAUACAGCAGUUCCAGGAUUUAAUAAUAAUGUUGUUAAUACACUUCGAUUAUGGAGCGCAAAAGCAGCACAAAAAUUUAAUUUUCAAUUUUUUAAUGACGGUGAUUAUCUUAAUGCAGUAAGUGAACAAAGUUUAGCUGAAAAUGUUACACGAGUACUCUAUCCAAAUGAUAAUUAUCAACAAGGCAAAGAACUUCGUCUUAAACAAGAAUAUUUUCUUGUCGCUGCUACUCUAUCAGAUAUAAUUCGACGAUAUAAACAUUCGAAAUUUGGAGUUUCUUCAACAACUCGAGAUGAUUUUAGUACUUUUCCAGAUAAGUAUCGUGUAACAAUGGCUGAAGAAAUAAUUCCAGCAGCUGAUUUAUCUGAACAAAUAUCACUUGCUGGUAUGGAAGCAAGUGGAACAUCAAAUAUGAAAUUUAUGUUAAAUGGUGCUUUAACAAUUUGUACAUUAGAUGGUGCAAAUGUUGAAAUGGCUGAAGAAGUUGGUAAUGAUAAUAUUUUUAUAUUUGGUAUGACAGUUGAAGAAGUUGAACAACGUAAACGAGCAGGAUAUAAUCCAAGAUAUUUUUAUGAACAUAAUAUUGAACUUAAACAAGUUCUUGAUCAAAUUCAAGAUGGAUAUUUUUCACCUGAAAAUCCUGAUCUAUUUCAUGAUAUUGUUAAUAGUUUAUUAAGUGAAAAUGGUGAUCAUUAUAUGCUUUUAGCUGAUUAUGAAAGUUAUAUAAAAUGUCAAGACAAAGUUUCUGAAACAUUUAAAGAUCCAAUUAGUUGGACAAAGAAAUGUAUUUUAAAUAUUGCUGGAUCAGGUAAAUUUUCUAGUGAUCGUACUAUAGCUGAAUAUGCACGUGAAAUUUGGGGUGUUGCACCAAUUCUUGCACCAUUACCACAUCCACAUGAAGGUCGACCUGGUACAAAACAUGAAGGUGAAACAACUAUUCAUAGUUCACCGUCAAUUAAUGAACAUGGAAAAAAAUAA